CAUCAUUUGAUCGUGUUUUCAAGUAAUAAUGAAGUUUUUAGCUGUGUUUUUGUUAAUUUUUAUAACAACAAAUGGGCUAGUUCCAAGGGCAAUGAGUGACUGGCCCGGCUCUUGGGAUAAUAGAAUCGCCCGGCAAAGUCUAGCAAGCUGGUUAUUGACCGGCUCUUGGGACAACUUAAGUUUAAUCCCGGAAAAAAGUCACGAAUAUGAGGGUUACGACGGCUGGUAUAAUAACAUAGCCCACCAAGACCUCGGGGCAAUUGAUCGCCCACUUUUACGACGUUGGCCUGCAGCCUACGCAGAUAGUACUUACCUCCCAGCUGGGUCAAACCGCCCCAAUCCCUUGGAAUUAAGUGAAAAACUACUGAAAGGCGAAACAGGGACAAAAUCAAAAACUGGGAAAAAUGCCCUAAUUGUUUUUUUUGGGCAACAAGUCGUUGAAGAAAUUUUAGAUGCUCAAAGGCCGGCUUGUCCCCCCGAAUAUUUCAAUAUUGAGGUGCCCCAAAACCACACGUAUUUGAAAAUGCCGGGCCAUUCAAAAAUGCCAUUUUUGAGGACCAGAUAUGACCAAAGGACGGGAUACAGCCCCAAUAAUCCCAGACAACAAUUGAACGAAAUCACCCCUUACCUCGACGGGGGCCUGUUUUACGGCAUUACAAAACAAUGGGCCGACCAGUUACGUACCUACGAAAACGGCACCAUCGACCCAGAUGGUUGCCUCGCAUCCUCCCAUGAUGGUUUAUUCCCAGCGUACAAUACCGACCGCCUCCCGAUGGCAAACCCCCCGCCCCCUAUUUACCACUCCAUGUUUAUCAAAUCGCACGAAACGGCAAAAGUUUCACGAUUUUUUAAAUUAGGUAACCCUCGAGGAAACGAAAACUCCUUUCUUUUGACUUUUGGCAUCAUGUGGUUUCGAUGGCACAAUUACAUAGCAAAAAGAAUCAGAUCUUUGAAACCUGAGUGGUCGAGUGAGAAGGUUUUUAAUGAGGCUAGAAAAUGGGUUAUUGCUACUCAGCAAAAAAUCGUAGUUUAUGAUUGGUUACCGGAAUGGAUUUUUGAGGAUUUACCGAAAUAUGAGAAGUAUGACCCAGGGGUUGACCCCCAGAUUGACCAGUUUUUCCAAAGUGCGGCGUUCCGGUUUGGACACACUCUCGUGGUCCCAGGAGUGUAUUUAAGGGAUUAUAUUCGGGAUGGUUGUAAACAUAAAUUUGACACUUGGGGACAUAACACAGUACGGACCUGUAACUCAUUUUGGAGACCCUAUGAACCGAUUGUUAAGCCUGUAUCUAAUGGGAGUAGCGAAAUCAUUGACAUUGACCGACUUUUGAUGGGAAUGGCUGUUCAAUUGUGUGAGGAGGAAGAUCACAAAAUCGUUGAGGAUUUGCGAGGGAACGUUUUUGGUCCUUUGGAAUUCCCUCGAAGGGACCUGAUGGCUUUAAAUAUACAAAGAGGACGUGAUCAUGGAAUCCCCGAUUACAACACAGUUCGACAAGCUUAUGGCUUAAGAAGAAAUACUUUCAAAGAUUUUGAGCAUCUUUCAGUGAAGUUAAACGAAUUUAGACAAUUGUAUAAAAAUUCAAUCGAAGAUGUUGAUCUGUGGGUCGGUGGGAUUCUUGAAACAAAAAACAACAGACCUGGGGAGCUUUUCCGAGUGAUAAUCAAGGAUCAGUUCAGGAGGAUCAGAGAUGGUGACCGGUUUUGGUUCGAAAACAAAAAAAAUGGUUUAUUUACCAAUAAUGAAAUUCAAAGAAUUAAGAAAAUUACACUAUAUGAUAUAAUAAUGGCAGUCACCAAAAUGGAUCCUAACGACUUACCCAAAAACGUAUUUAAUGCUCCUACUGAUGCAGAUAAUCAAUUAAUUUCUACCUGUCGUUUAAUGAAUUCUUCUUGUGUAAGUAGAAACAAUGAAACGUUCAGUUGCUACCACCUUGAGCCACUUAGCACGAAUGUCAUAAACGAAUCUUGUGUUCAAGGAAUUUCCUAUGAUUAUUUUAGCAGAAGUGAAAUUUCAUAUAUUUUGACUUUUACUUGUAUAGGAACGUUUAUCAUAGGUUCAAUUGGAGCCAUGUAUAUGUUAAUAAAAGUAAAAGGAAAACAAAUACGGGAGGUAAAAAUCAAAGCAAAUGAAACAACAAGAAAAACAUUUGAAAAUGAUAAUAGCAUUAAUUAUCCUUUAUUUGUCGUUGAUGAAUGGUUGGGCAAGAAAAUUCCUUCAAGACGUGUUGUUUUGGUCCUCAAAAAGGACAAAAAAGUCGUUGAAGUGAUGUCCCAAAGAGGCGAAUUACUUCGUGUCCUCGACUUCACAAUCACUAAGAAAAAAGUUGAAGUUUACGAAAUCAAAGACGCCCCUUAUGUCAUCAUAAAAUCCACGCACGAUUACGACUUAAUCUUGCUGUUUGAGAGCAAUUUUUUGAGGGGCGAAUUCUUGAAAAUGCUUGACCCCUUUUUGACCAGCAGUGGCCUCACUCGCGAAAAUAUCUCAAGUUUUACGUGGAAGUCAGCAUUGAAGAAAGUCACAACCAAAACUGACCGGCAAUUGCUACUCGAGCGGUUCUACCGUGUGGUUUUCGCUCAAACUUUCAAAAUAAAGUACUCUCAGAAGGAGUUAUUACACGUUGAUGAAUCUCUCGAAAAAGAGAUUGCUGAUACGGAACUGACUUUGAGUGAGUUUGCUGAAGCUUUGAGUAUGCGAGCACAGGACGAGUUUGUUCGACGAAUGUUUACACUUGUUGACAAGGACAAAAACGGAUUCAUUUCAUUUCGGGAGUUUGUCGACUUGUUGGUUAUUUUUGCCGAGGGGGAUGAGGAUGCGAAAGCCAGGUUGUUAUUCAACAUGUACGAUGUAAAUGCCGUUGGGCACCUAAAAGAAGAGAAUUUCAUUGCCAUGAUUAAGUCGUUUUUAGCCACAGUUGGGGGCAACGUCGAGGACGAUAAAUUACAAACCACAGUUCAGGGGAUGUUAAACCAGGCAGGGCUCAAUCAUAAACAAGAACUGGACUUUGACGACUUUCUCAAACUGUUUGGAAAAGAAAUCAAAUAUUUGAGUGACGCCAGGCUUGAUUUUAGAGGAAUUAGCUCGCAAAAUCGCCAAUCAUAUUUGAAAGUUGCUCGGGACACGAUUGCGGAAAUUUAUGUGAGUCGGCAAGAAAUCCAGGAGCGUUUCCAAGGCGAAAUCCAGUCUCAGCCUCGAGACACAAGUCGAGUAAUCGAUGAUAAUCAAGCCGAAUCAAUCAAAUCUCAGCACAUAACUCGGUCGAAAUUUGCUUUCGUACGUUAUAUUGAAUUAAAGUCGAAACAAAUUUUCUGGAUGAUGUUGUACACGCUGGUUUUGUGGGCAAUUUUCAUCGAAAGGGCCUACUAUUACACCAUUGAGCGGGAACAUUCAGGGCUUCGCAGGAUAGCGGGAUACGGAGUGACCAUAACUCGCGGAGCAGCUUCAGCAAUGAUGUUUACUUAUUCCUCUCUACUUAUCACAAUGUGCAGAAACGCAAUUACGUAUUUAAGGGACACAGUAGCCAAUAACUACUUCCCGUUUGAUGCCUCUGUCGAAAUGCACAAAUACAUCGCAAUUUGGGCCUUUUUUUUCACAGUCAUGCAUAUCGUAGGACACGCUUUUAAUUUUUACCACAUUUCCACCCAAACUGCCGAUGACCUUACCUGUCUAUUCCGAAAUUUUUUCCACGCGACUCACGAGUUGCCAAAAUUCCACUACUGGUGUUGGCAAACUAUAACGGGUUUUACGGGGAUUGUUCUAACACUAAUUUGGGCUUUGAUUUAUAUUUUCGCGCAAAAUGUCGUAAGGCGGAACAUUUAUAACUGGUUUUGGUACACACAUAAUAUGUAUCCGUUGUUUUUCAUUUUUAUGGUUUUGCAUGGUACAGGACGGCUUAUCCAGCCGCCAUUUUUUUACUAUUUUUUUUUGGGGCCCGUGAUUUUGUUUACGAUUGAUUCCGUUAUUAGUAUUAGUCGGAAAAAGGUGGCUAUUCCUGUAAUUCGAGCCGAAAUUUUGCCUUCAAAUGUGACAAUGUUGGAGUUUCGGAAACCGGAAAAUUUUCAAUACAAAUCAGGACAAUGGAUUAGAAUAGCGAGUUUAGGACUAAAUAAAAACGAAUAUCACCCAUUUACGUUAUCUUCGUCUCCUGAUGAAGAUAAUUUAACAGUGCAUAUUCGAGCUGUUGGUCCGUGGACAACUCACAUCAGGCGACUUUACGACAAUUUUAAUAAAGGUUCCUCUAAUUCGCUACUACCUAAAUUGUAUUUGGACGGCCCUUAUGGAGAGGGUCACCAAGACUGGAACCAAUUCGAAAUAUCGGUAUUAAUAGGGGGCGGAAUUGGAGUCACUCCUUUUGCCAGUAUUUUAAAAGACGUUGUAUUUCGCUCAAAUCAAACCAGAUGCAAAAAGGUUUAUUUUAUUUGGGUAUCCCGGACGCAAAAACAAUUUGAAUGGUUGGUUGAUAUAAUCCGAGAGUUGGAAUACAAAGACAAACGAAAUAUAAUAAGUUGUCACAUUUUUAUAACUCAGUUUUUUGAAAAGUUUGAUUUACGUACAACUUUCUUGUACAUUUGCGAGCGGCAUUACCAGAGAAUAUCAAACCGAUCUCUAUUCACAAAUUUGAAAGCUGUGACACACUUCGGACGCCCCCACUUUAAAAAGUUUUUCUACACUGUGGCCUCACUACACGAAGAUGUCCAUUCGGUCGGUGUUUUCAGCUGUGGCCCGCCAUCAAUGACCACGAGCGUGGAUUCAGCGUGUAAUGAAAUAAACGCGCAAACGGUCCAAAGAUUUGAGCAUCAUUACAAGAAUUUUUAAUUUUGUGUAAUUUAUAUAAUCAAUUUCUGUAUUGGAUAAAAAAAUAACAUAUUUUUUUACAGUGUGUACUUCGUAUAUUUUUUAUUUAUUUACUUAGGCAACACCUUAAACACGUUGGCUAUUGCAGUUGUAUAAGCACAUUUUGUAUACAGGCCACAAUUUAAACAUUAUUUAAAAAUUUAAUUUUUAUAAAUGUAACGCAAUGCUUAAAUGUGUACAAUUAUUUAAAUUUGAAUAAAGUGUAGCAACAUUUA